UUCAAGCAAUUCUCCUGCGUCAGCCUCCCACGUACCUGGAACUACAGGCUCCCAGCACCAUGACGGUUUCAUAUACUCUCAAAGUGGCGGAGGCCCGCUUCGGAGGUUUCUCUGGCCUGCUUCUCCGUUGGAGGGGAAGCAUCUACAAGCUCCUCUACAAGGAGUUCCUCCUCUUCGGGGCCUUGUACGCUGUGCUUAGCAUCACCUACCGGCUGCUGCUGACCCAGGAGCAGAAGCACGUGUAUGCUCAGGUGGCCCGGUACUGCAACCGCUCAGCGGACCUCAUCCCCUUGUCCUUUGUAUUGGGUUUCUAUGUGACUCUCGUGGUGAACCGCUGGUGGUCCCAGUACACAAGCAUCCCGCUGCCAGACCAGCUGAUGUGCGUCAUCUCGGCUAGCGUGCACGGCGUGGACCAGCGGGGCCGCCUGCUGCGCCGCACCCUCAUCCGCUACGCGAACCUGGCGUCCGUGCUGGUGCUGCGCUCGGUUAGCACCCGCGUGCUCAAGCGCUUCCCCACCAUGGAGCACGUGGUGGACGCAGGUUUCAUGUCCCAGGAAGAGAGGAAAAAGUUUGAGAGCCUGAAAUCCGACUUCAACAAGUACUGGGUCCCCUGCGUCUGGUUCACCAACCUGGCGGCCCAGGCCCGGAGGGACGGGCGAAUCCGUGACGAUAUCGCUCUCUGUCUACUUUUGGAAGAGCUGAACAAGUACCGAGCCAAGUGCAGCAUGCUAUUCCACUAUGACUGGAUCAGCAUCCCCCUCGUCUACACCCAAGUGGUGACCAUAGCCGUCUACUCCUUCUUUGCCCUCUCCCUGGUUGGCCGCCAGUUUGUGGAGCCAGAGGCAGGGGCUGCCAAACCUCAGAAGCUUCUGAAGCCAGGCCAGGAGCCAGCCCCAGCCUUGGGAGACCCGGACAUGUAUGUGCCUCUCACUACUCUGCUGCAGUUCUUCUUCUAUGCUGGCUGGCUCAAGGUGGCUGAACAGAUCAUCAACCCGUUUGGUGAGGAUGAUGACGACUUUGAGACAAACCAGCUCAUAGACCGCAACUUGCAGGUGUCCCUGCUAUCUGUGGAUGAAAUGUACCAGAACCUUCCCCCGGCUGAGAAGGACCAGUACUGGGAUGAGGACCAGCCGCAGCCACCCUACACUGUGGCCACGGCGGCAGAGUCUCUGCGGCCCUCAUUCCUGGGCUCCACCUUCAACCUGCGCAUGAGCGACGACCCUGAGCAGAGCCUGCAGGUGGAGGCGUCCCCCGGAUCGGGUCGGCCCGCGCCCGCCGCGCAGACCCCGUUGCUCGGCCGCUUCCUGGGCGUAGGGGCGCCCUCCCCGGCCAUCAGCCUCCGGAACUUCGGCCGCGCGCGAGGGACCCCGCGCCCCCCGCAUCUGCUACGCUUCCGGGCCGAGGAGGGCGGCGACCCCGAGGCCGCAGCCCGCAUCGAGGAGGAGACGGCGGAGUCCGGGGACGAGGCCCUGGAGCCCUGAGCUUUUACAAGCCUUGUUCCAUGGUGAGAACGGUCAUCUGUGAAGGUGGGAGAAAUGGAGAGUGGAUGGAUUUCAAGACUUCAGAGAAAAGAACCCACUGGUUUUAUGGACAGAUCUUGGCUCACU